CCAACUUUGGUUCUCGUCCUGCUCGCGUCGUCGAUUCGUUCGCUCCUCGCUGCGGAAUAUUUUCGAGAAGAAAAGUCGCUGAAGAUAAGUGAUGGAAGGGUCGUCUUCCCGAACCUUUCCACAACCUGGUGGUCGUGGUCGUGGACAUGGGCGCGGUAGUGGGUUUCGAUCCCCCCAGGGUGGUGGGGAUCCAUCAGUCGGACAUGAAAUUGACUAUGACGUUGACAAAACCGGUGACUUUAACACUGAUAAGCAGGAUACGGCCGAACAAAAGGCGCUCUUUUACAAACCUCCCUCAUAUACUAAGCAAUAUUCUUCUUCUUCCUUCAAUAAUACUCCACCUUCUCAAAGUUAUCAUAGACCGCAGCAUCAAAAUCGGCGUUUUGAUAAUCAUAAUAAUAAAAAUAGAAAUUCAAACUAUGAUCGAAAUCGAUUCCAAAAUGGGAGAGGUGGUGGUGGCGGUGGUGAUAGAGACAUUUCUAGAAGUGAUAAUUCUCCAAAUUAUUCAAAUCCUGCCUUAAAUUCCAAUCCCAAUCAUAGCAAUAAUUUCAACAACAUUCCUUCCCAAAUGAAUGAAUCGAACUCUGGUCCGCAAUCUCCUUUUAGCAUAAAUUUUUCCAAUGAUCGUAAUAUUCCGGUUAGUUUUCCGUCAAAUAAAUCUGUCCCUCGUCCUCCUGCAUUCCGUGACGAUUCGCGAUUUGCGAAUAAUAAAUUUGACUCUCCCGACCAAGACAUGACGCGAGAUUCUUCUUCAAGACGAGGGGUGCCAAUGUCCUCUCGAAACCAUACUGGUGGUGGUGGCGAUGGUUAUCAGUCAGAUUGUCCGUCUGGAUUAUCCGCUAGACCCAGUGGUGCUGUUCCUGCUCGUCACAGCUCAGGGAUGGUGCUUUCGAAAAUUCAAGACCCCGCUACUGCCGGCGUUGUUCCUCCAGCUUCUGAAAUUACAUCGUUCUUCCGAGAGUUUAAACCCAUCGAUUGUCAUUGCUGUAACCAGUUGAUGGGAUUUCAGCAUCGAGUUACUGGGUACUUUUUUUGCACGUCGGCAUGCAUCGAGAGGGAUGGACAUGGACAAGGUGCCAAUGGGUUUGUAAGACCUGCUCUCACUGGAUCUACUGCCUCCACCCCAAUUCCUCCGUCCACUAGAACUCCCCCUGCAGGGAAUGUGUACAAAGAAAGGCAAAGAGAUGAAAAGCCAUUGGACAGCUCUCCGAAUAAAGCAAGCAGGGAUUUUGGGAAUCGGAAUGUCGUUCCUUCUCCCCUCAAUGGACCUCAAGAAGUCCAACAUCCUGCAAAGAGAAACAUUGCAGAGACACGAGCUCCUCCUCCUUCUCCACGUGUGCCAGAAUUUGCUCCUCCAAAGAGACCGGACGAACCAUCGUACAGGAAUGUAUCUACGAUUGCCAAGCAUGAAGAAAGAUCUCGUCCGAAUUCGUAUGAUACAGUGGAUAAGAAAGCGCCUCGCAUGGCGACAGAGGAAGAACGCCCAAGUGCACUUUCACCACCAGUUCCGGCUCCCAUUGCUGCUCCGGCCCCGAAUCCCGACAUGAUUGCUGCCGCAAGCAUUAGGAAGACAAAACCAGUCAAUCCAUUUUUCAAGAAAAUGCCGGGUGCGUUGGAUUCAGAGAAGCCAAAGAUAUCAGGAGAUGAAGAACGACAAGCACGAGAAGUUGAGGACAAACGACAAGCACGAGAAGUUGGGGACAAACGACAAGCACGAGAAGUUGAGGACAAACGACAAGCUCGAGAACUUGAUGAGCAACGCAACCCUCCACCACGUCCCAAAAGAGUGGAACAAGAUCAACCACCCACUCAGCUUAAGGUCCAAGCAGAACCUCAAGUUCAAGCUGCUGCUGCUAGUACUCCUCCACAAUUCGUGAAGAAGGUGGCUGCUAAAGAACCCGAGGUCCCUCGAAUCAUGUGGCAAUCAUGCAAAUACUCUGACAGCUUGGUUGAAGGUGCACCGGUUAAGAUGAGCUUUAUGUGGAACGUUAACAAGCUGCAGGUUGUUGCUUCCGCGGACGAAAAUCGGUUGAAUACUUUGCAAGAUAAGGUUGGCAUGCAUCUGAAACUAGUCCCAAAAUUGUCUCGCCCACCAGUCAUUGACGAGAUGGUCCUUGGAGAAUACAACGGCGAGUACUACCGAGGCCGUGUGACAAAGAUUAAUGGAGAUAAGUACAAGGUCGUCUUUGUGGACUUUGGGGAUGCACAAGAAAUGCCAUACACUGAAAUGUACCCGAUUUCUGAGUACCUACUGGAGGAUCCGAUUUUCAGCACAACUUUGGUCCUUGAAGGAGUUGCAACUCCGAAAAAGAAGGUGAAAAUCGGGAAGAAGUUGAACGACUUGUUCGAAAAUGAGAUGAUACUGCAAUUGCUCGAACCACUCGUCGUGAGUGAUGCCCAGUCUUACAAGGGAGUUCUUUGGGUUGAUGAUGAGAAGCAUUUGAACGGACUAAUUUUCGACGUUCUUGCAAAAAUGGAAAGUGACGCGUCGGCAGAAAGAUCUAUGAAACAAUAUUACGACAUCCCAAAACUGGACGAGCUCCUUCCCAUCGCCAAUUUCCAAGAGGAAUUCCAUCGUACUGGAAAAUUGACUCGAACCUUGCUCAAGCAAAUUCAAGCCUCAAUUUUAGAAAGUUACACCACCCAAGCAAAAGUGCAGCAGAACAUGAUUGAGCACGAAAUGUCGCCAUGCUUGUGGAUUCAGCACGUCCUGCUCGGCGGUUAUGCAGGUGGGCAUGCAAAGGUGAAAUAGUUACCAGAACAAUUAAUCCUUAAUUGACGAGGUAGUUAGUUACUGCCUUACAUUUAUUAUUUCAUACUUUUAUAUAUUACACGUUCUAUUCUACACAUAAUAAAAUGUAAUGACUGAAUUGCA